GGCGGUCACAUGACAGCAGUCUAACCCGGAAACGAUAUGAUCAGCUGACUGCGGCUGAAGCUCGUCUCUCAAAACAAAACAAGCAGAUGUGAAACUUGAAAUGCGGCCGAGACAGAAACUUUUUUAAGGACUAAAUAAGCUGAAUUUUGGGGGGGACACGCUGGUUUCUGGCUCUGACGUUAAGUGGACUAUGAACAUCAGUGUUGUUGUUGUGUGGGGGCUGUGUCUCUCAUGCGUGUCCGCAUGCAAACCUGAACCAGAGACCCCCGACUGGAGGAUGACUCUGAAAACUAUCCGCAACGGAAUACACAAGAUUGACACGUACCUGAACGUAGCACUGGACCUGUUUGGAGGCGAUGAUGGACUGUGUCAUUACAGGUGCAGUGAUGGUUACAAGGCGAUGCAUCGCCCCGGGUACAAGCACCCACCACCCAAUGGAUGUGGCUCCCCGCUGUUUGGAUUUCAGUUUGACAUAGGAAUCCCAUCCAUGACCAAAUGCUGUAACCAACACGACCGCUGCUACGACACCUGCGGCCGCGAGAAGCAUGACUGCGAUGAGCAGUUCCAGGACUGCCUUGAGACCAUCUGCAGGAAUGUGCAAAGGACUCUGGGACUAGCCCAAAGUGUCAAAGCUUGUGAGUCAGCGGUGACUCUGCUGUUUGACGCCGUUAUGCACAUGGGAUGUAAGCCAUACCUGGACAGCCAGAGAGAAGCUUGUGUGUGUCAGUAUGAGGUGAAGAAGGAACUGUGACACAGCCACAGGAUCAAGACUGUGGAACAGACUGAUUGAAAAGCACAACACUGACAGAAGGACGCCGGCAAUAAACGUUUAUUUUCUCAGGGAUAGAGCCUCAGAAAUCUAUUAGACACAGUGAAUGUGAAGAGUUUUUAGAGUGGACAAUUAAUAUCUUUCCUAUGCAGAUAAUUAUUUAUAGUUUGUUAAUACUGUGUAAUGUGUGUCUCAUGUGAUGGACUAGAAACAGGGUGGUCAGGGUUUCCCUGGCUUUUGGAUGCUUGGUUAGCAGCCAGCACUAUUUUAUAGAUUCAUAAAUACUGAAGACGUUUUGUAUUUGACACUAAAAACUAAUUUGGCACUGAUUAUCAAUAAAACAUGGGACAGUGUACAGUUGGUACUCUUCCACUUUAUUCCAAUUAAAUGCUAAAACCAGGAUUUUUUUUUUACUUAGUGCACUGUUUCCAUUAAAAAAAAAAAAAAAAAAGAUGAAUAAUAAUGUACUUGGUGCUCUUUUUUCAAGAAAGUUCCUCUAACUAAAUUAACAGUCUCAGGAGUUUGUCUUAAUUUUUUCUGUAAUCAGCACCAAAUUUUCAUAGUUCUUUCUCAGAAACUUUGAAGAAAUUAUUAGGGUAUAAUGGGUCGUUAAAAAUAAAACACUACCACCGGGUCCCACAUCCCAUAAUCCUGAUUAGGAACGUGAUAAAUGACUUGCCGUAUUUGUGGUUCUUUAUAAAAAUGUGUAAAAUAUCACAUGGGGGGAGUGCACUGGUUAACUCAGAUGUGAUACAUGUGUGAAGAAAACCUGUAAAAAAUAAACAAACAUACGUUUCUUGAUAA